UCUCUCUCUCUCUCUCUCUCUCUCUCUCUCUACGCAGCGACUAGCGAAAGAAAGUCCUUCAUUUUUCCUCUAUUUGGGUUCUUCUCUACGAAUUUAACCUCGGUAACGCCAUGAAGACCCAGCUCUCCUAGACCAGUUUCACUUCCUCACGUGGCUCUGAAGGAUCUGUUGCUUUCUUGAAGAGAUGGCUUCAGCUGGGUUUAGUCAAAACGGUGAUUACAUUGAGGACAUGCCUGCUGAGGAGUUACUCUCUGUGGACUUCUCUGAUGGAUAUGAUGUCUUUGGAGAACAAGAGUUGUUUCCUCGUGUUGGAGAACAGUUCCAGGUUGAAAUUCCGUCAUUAAUCACAGAAUCUGACUAUCUUUUAUAUACAAAGAACCCAAUAGAUGCUGAAAACAGGGCUUGUGUUCCCUUUAACUUUCUGAUUGGAUUAUCAGUACCACUCAUGUGGGUCAAUAAGGAAGUUGAGAAUAUGAAACAUGAAAUGCUGCAAUCACUUGGUGGUUCAACCGAUGCAGCCAGCAAAAAUGGACAUUUACUCUCUGAAAUUGUCAGAGAGCCCCAGUUUCGCUUGAAAGACGAAGAUGUACAGUUUAAAGUUGAGCCAUUGGAUCUUACAUUGGAUUCUGGGAUAGCAAAAGGAGAAUUGGCGAACUUAACUUUGGAAGAUAAAAUGCAUCAGUAUAGGGGGCUAGCCUGCUGUUUAGUUCCUGGCUCUGUUGGUGAUUUCUGGAGUGACAGUGAAAGGGCAAGUUUCCUUCUUGGUUUGUAUAUCUUUGAGAAAAACUUUGUCCAGGUGAAGAGAUUUAUUGAGAGUAAGGAGAUGGGGGAUGUACUCUCAUUUUACUACGGGAAGUUUUAUAGGUCCAAUGAGUAUCGUAGAUGGUCCGAGUGCCUGAAAAUGAAAAGCAGAAAGUGUGCAUAUGGGCAAAGGAUAUUUACUGGAUUGAGGCAACAGGAAUUGUUAUCUCGUUUGUUUCCUCAUGUGUCGGAGGAAUGCCAAAAUGCUGUGUCUGAGGUCACUAAGACAUUUGGAGAGGGGAAAAUGUCAUUACACGAAUAUGUCUUCUCUUUAAAGGCUAUGGUUGGGAUGAAAGUUCUUGUAGAGGCUGUGGGAAUUGGUAAAGGUAAGCAAGAUCUUACAGGCAUUGCCUUGGAGCCUUUGAAGUCAAAUCAAACCAUACCCUUGCGUCCAGAGAUACCAACAGGCAAAGCAUGCUCCGCCCUUUCGCCCAGCGAAAUUAUCAAGUUUCUAACUGGAGACUAUCGGUUGAGCAAAGCUCGAUCUAACGAUUUAUUCUGGGAGGCCGUUUGGCCCCGUUUGCUGGCAAGAGGGUGGCACUCGGAGCAGCCUAAGGAUCAGGGUUAUGCUGCUGCUUCUAAGCAUUCAUUGGUAUUCCUUAUGCCUGGUGUCAAGAAGUUCUCAAGACGAAGACUAGUGAAAGGAAAAGACUAUUUUGAUUCUACUACUGAUGUCUUGAGUAAAGUUGCUUCAGAACCAGGGAUUCUGGAGCUUGAUUUUGAAGAUGAAGGCAGGAACAGUGGAGAAUAUGAGUGGAUAAAUGAAACAAAACUGCAACAAGAUGAUUUGCCUGAACGGCGUCGUCAUUCUUAUCUUCAGCCUCGAACUCCAAGUCGUAGUACAGAUGCGAUGAAGUUUACAGUUGUAGAUACCAGUCUGGCUGGAAAACCAUUCAAGGUGAGGGAGCUAAGAACUUUGCCAUUUGAAUUUUCGAAUAAGUUGACCUCUGGAAGUCAUUUUGAAGAUAGUGAGGAGGAUGCUUCUGACGUGUCAACUGAUGUGUCAGACACUGCUGAUGCUAUGUUACUGGAUCAAGAAGAGACAAAGAAUGACAUACCAACAAAGACUUUAUCUGAAAGGCUAAUGUAUUUGGACCGGAAAGAUCUGGAAGGUAGUGCUUUAAAGCUGAAAAUUGCUAGUAAUGGUUCGGAUUCCAUGAAUGCACCUUUGAAUAAUUCCAAGAAUCACAACAAAUUGUGUGCAGAAAAGCAGCCUAAAAAGGCUAUAAAGUGCCAAUUGAGCAGGAGACUGAAACAAGACAACUUAGAUUUUUCAGCCCCUAUGGCGAAACGGCGUCGCAGAUUAAAUACUUGUAGGCAAGCAGAGACAAGCCAUGACACAGUUCCGGUGACUUCCAUAUUGGAUAAAGAGAUGUGUAGUUGCCGUACAGACAAUCCUAAUUCAACGGAGGACAUUUUCCCUCAGGUGUGCUUAUCUCAGGAUAAGCUAUCAUCUACCAGUUCAUCAAAGGCCAGCCCCGUUCAGAGCACUGAAGGUUCUCCCACCGGCAAUUGUCAUGAUGCUGAACAUCCUAAUGAGAAACACCAACCUCGCACCUUGAUAGAUUUGAACAUACCUCAAGUUCCACCGGAUUUUGAAAGUGGCGUCUUUAUAGCGGGAUCAACAGAAGGGCAGGAUCAAAACACGAGUAGGGAGCCAGAUGAUCCAUGUGCACUGAAAACUGCUUUGAAUGCAGCCAGUUCCCAGCAGCAGCUUAACAUGAACUCCCGGAGGCAGAGCACAAGAAACCGGUUGCCAACCACAAAGGCACUGGAAGCUCUUGCAAAUGGAUUCUUAACCAUUAAUGAGAGACGACGGAGUAAAGGAGGCGGUCCACAAGCAUCAAGAUCUUCCAGACGUGCCCGUGUUGGGAUGAGGUUUCCCGAGUCUUGUAUAGAUACUGUGGCUUCCAUGGUAGAAGAAGGUGGGGAUGGUGUGUGUAAUGCCGAUACCAGCAACAUGUUUAGCCAAUAUCAGAUUCUGCCCGAGGGAAAGGAGGGGAGUCAAGUUCCAGGCCCCUAAAUUGGUGAGAUGUUAAAAUUGCAACUUGACUUGUGAGAUUGUGACUUGUAGCGGUGCUGGUUAACAUAUGUUCCGGAAAAAUGAGUGCUUGGGUUGUUACAUCCACUGGUGGUUCUUGGUGCAUAUUCUGUUGGCUUGCAUCAACAAUGCAUUGUGUAUGAGCGGUGUGACAAUACUUUCCCUCAGCUGACUGGUGACAUAAAAACAAAUUCUUCGCAUGGGUUUACAUGAUGUGGUCUUGCUGUGAUGACCUUAUCAGAUAAGGCACCCACCGCUUGCAGAUUCUGAUGAACCAUAGCCGGAGUUGGGGAAAAAGUCUGCACCUUUCAAGCUAGAUAAGAUUUUGGUUGAACCGAUACUUCAUCUUUUGUGAACUCCCAUUGUGGUAAGGCUGAUCAGUCUCAAACUCUUCAGUAACUUGGCUUGGGACCAGAAGAAUAUUGAACCCGUUUCAACCAACGUUCAAGUGACCCUCUGUUGUGCUCAUUCUGGGUAGUAUAUACGACUCGUAAUAGUCGAAUCAGGGGCAGUGAAUAUAAUUCUCUGGUGUAAUGUUACAUAUUUCGUUAUAUUCGAUUGGUUGCCAGGAGGGAAUGAAGAGAGUUUCUUAUGAUCUCAUUGGCAAUAAACACCACAUUGGUAUUACCUUAUUUUCUUCUUCGUUUUCUUGUUUCUUUUUUCUAUCUUUCUGGAUUCAUACUCUUUAUAACUUUGUUCAAUAAGAGAGGUAAACAUUUAUGUGGUUUAUAAUUCCUAUGAUGGA